AUGGAGCAUCUCAGAAAUCCUGCCCACCCUUUAAAGAUUGCUUCCAGUCUGGUCUCUCCUGGUCACUUCCUCUUCUCUAAACCCAAACCAUCGGGGCCACCGGCUUCCAAACCUCCACAAAAAAUGGCCAAUCCGCAACAGCCCAGUUCCUUCCAGCAGCUGGAAAAGCUUGGUGAAGGAACAUAUGCUACCGUCUUCAAAGGGCGCAAUCGCCAGACCGGCGAAAUGGUGGCUUUGAAGGAGAUUCACUUGGAUUCGGAAGAGGGAACACCAUCAACUGCCAUUCGUGAGAUCUCGCUCAUGAAGGAGCUGAAGCACGAAAGCAUCGUCUCGCUCUACGAUGUUAUCCACACGGAGAAUAAGCUCAUGCUGGUUUUUGAGUUCAUGGACAGAGAUUUGAAGAGAUACAUGGACACUCGCGGAGAUCGCGGACAACUAGACCCUGCCACCGUGAAAUCCUUCAUGCAUCAGCUACUGAAGGGCAUCGCCUUCUGCCAUGAUAACCGAGUCCUCCACCGUGACCUCAAGCCGCAGAAUCUCCUGAUCAACAAGAAGGGACAGCUGAAGCUGGGUGAUUUCGGGCUGGCUCGCGCAUUUGGUAUCCCUGUCAAUACCUUCUCCAACGAAGUCGUGACUCUGUGGUACCGCGCACCGGACGUCCUGCUCGGCAGUCGUACCUACAACACCAGCAUCGACAUUUGGUCUGCGGGCUGCAUUAUGGCAGAGAUGUUCACAGGUCGCCCACUCUUCCCUGGCACAACGAACGAGGACCAGUUGAUCAAGAUAUUCCGACUGAUGGGCACACCAUCUGAACGCACAUGGCCCGGCAUCUCGCAACUGCCAGAAUACAAAUCCGACUUCCACAUCUACGCCACCCAGGAUCUGUCGCUGAUCGUCCCUCAGAUGGAUCCUAUCGGGAUGGAUCUGUUGAACCGCAUGCUCCAGCUUCGUCCGGAGAUGCGCAUCAGCGCCGCCGAGGCCCUGCAGCACCCGUGGUUCCAUGAUUUGCCCCAGAUUCAGGCUAAAUUGCAGCAACAACACCAGCAGCAGCAGAUGGCCGGGUAUGGAGGCAUGAUGCCCACGCAGCCCGCUUAUUAA